UCUGGUUGCCAUGGAAAUGACCAGGGCCGCUGGCCCUCUGCAAACGGAAAAGAACAGCAAGUGCAGGACCAUGCAUUCCAUCCUGCCUGGCCAAUUAAACCAGCUGUCAAGCCGGAGUGAAGGAUCAGGCAGAGGUCUGCCGGGUGGAGAAGCGAGCCUCGUGUUGGAACUCCAAGAUGUGAGUUCCAGUGAACUGGCUCGUGAAGGGGAAACACGAGCACGGCGGCCCAUGCUGAGACAAGGAUGGCUCCCCCUUCUGGGCACAGCCUCCUUCUAAUCAGUGCACUGGGCAUCUUUGCACUCGACUGCUUCACAAGAGGUCAGAAGAACAGCACGCUCAUUUUCACCAAGGAAAACACCAUUCGGAACUGCAGCUGCUCUGCAGGCAUCCCGGACUGUGACUACAGUUUGGCCAACCUGAUGUGCAGCUGUAAAACUGUGCUGCCUUUUGCGGUAGAGCGAACCAGCUACAGUGGCCACCUGACCAUCUGGUUCACAGACACAUCUGCACUGGGCCUCCUGUUGAACUUCACGCUGGUCCGGGACCUCAAGCUGUCUCUGUGCAGUACGAACACUCUCCCCACUGAAUACCUGGCUAUUUGCGGUCUGAAGAGGCUUCGCAUCAGCACCGAGGCCAAGCAACCCUCCCCAGAGCAGAGCUUAGUCAUCCACAAUGGUGAGGAGAGCAAACCCAGAGAGAAGCCCACGUUGUUACACAAAGGCUGGCAAGCAUGUAUGUAUAUCUCCUUCUUAGAUAUGGCCCUUUUCAACAGGGAAUCAUCCUUAAAAUCGUAUAGUAUUGAAAACGUUGACAGCAUUACCAAUAACUUCCCCCACUUUUCUUACUUUAAAACCUUCCCACUUCUAAGUAACAGAAGCUAUGUUGUCACAUUCAUUUAUUAACUUUGUAACUGUGUCCACCUACUGGAACUUUUGGCAAACUAUGGGUAAUUUGAACAAGGAAUCUGGCAAUAAGGCCAUGGGUAUCCCUACCCACAACUUCGCCUCCCCCCAACCCCCAUUUGCAAAUACACAUAUUCACAGAGCCACACGCACACAUAACCUGCCUUCUCUGCUCCAUUCUGCACCCAACCAUGGGAGCUGUUUUGAAAACCAAAAUAAAAAGAAACUAAAAAAUAAACUUGAUUCAGUCCAGAAACACAUCUUGAGGGCCAGCUAGAAGCUAGGGCUUUACAACUGGGGGUCUGUGCAGAAAUGUCAGAUCAGAAAUGGAGAAACCGCACACCAGGGACUGCUGAGUGGAGCUCAGCAGGGGGGAUGACCCCCAAGAAAGGAAUUUCCUAGAAUACUCUGCCUUAAUAUUUUCUGCUUCAUUUUGUUACAUUGCCUGGAAUUCCCCUAAGUAGAGAAUGAUAGAUUUCAGAGGUUUUGGCCUGUGAGCUCCACAAAAUGAUGAAGUUCUCUUAGAGCGACAUUUUCCAAGCAUCUUGCUAAGAACAAAUGCACUGAGAAAGGCGAGUUUCAUGAGUGUGUUUGUGGAGGUGGAGGAAGCAAGGUUUGAAGCCUGGAGGUAGAACAGGCCUGGAGCAGGUGGGGCCUUCAGAUUGAAUGAGGGCAGUAGGGUUCUGAGGAGGGGGAUACAGAAACGAAAAUUAGAGGUAACAAAAACCAUUGCAUAUACCUCAAAAUUUUGCUUAGAGCAAAUCCUAGGAAAGUUUCCUCUUUUAGCCCUCCUCUUUCCUUUCUUUCUCCUUCUUUGCCUCCUUCUUCCUUUGUCCCUGAGGCAUCACUUCCCAUUUCUCCUCUCACUUUCUUCAUCCACCUUCUCCUCCUCCUCUCCUUCCUGCUCCAGAAAUCAGAACUUGGAUGAAUACCAUUAGAACUAUGUUUAACCAUACUAGGGGCUAGCCUUGGAAUCUAAUAAUCACUCAUAACAUUCUUCCAGAGGGUAAAAAUGCUCAUAUUACUAACAGGUAAUUAACAAAAGAACUUUUAGGACUCAGUCCAUUUGGAAGUUUCAGACUGGAAGUUAAAGACACUUUGCAUGACAAGGUUAACACAAAAUGGUUUUACAUGUGUAUGUGUGUAUCCAAUACAAGGAACCAAGGCAACAUUUUUUAAAAAAUAAACUGACUCAUCAUUGUGCAAAGAAAAUUUUCCCUGGAGACCCAACUUACCAUUAAAGUGGAAUAUAAAGAAUCCAUGGUAAUUUUGGUACAAAUGUCUAAACUCAGAGUGCAAAGAAGUUGAAAGAUGAUUGCAUUUGUGAUACUACAAUGAUAGGAAAUAGUUGUAUUAUGAAAUAACAGGAUGACUUGGAGUUGAUGACUUUGGAUCACAUUCAUCACAUUUUUCUCUUAACCUUAACACAGAAUAACUGAAAUAACCUGAAAUGUCUACAUUUGCUUAAUUGGUGGGGGAUUUGGUCAUUCAAGUUAAUUAGCAUGAGUCCAUAAUGUCAGUGUUUAAAUUAGGCCAAAACUAAGACCAAAGUAUAACUAUAAUAGAAAAAUGUAAUGACCUCAUUACUGACAUUGUACUUUGGAGGUAAGGUUAGUGAUAGAAAAAGACAAAGAAGGGAGAAAAAAAGGAGGAGAAAGAAAGGCAAGAAGAACGUAAGUGAAAUAUUAGUAAUAAGCAUAUUUACUGUCAUUAGUUAAUGAAAAUGUAACAAAUUGA